AUGCUGACCGUCUCAGAUUUAGUCGGUUGUCGAACAGGGGCCAAGCUCAAGUAUCUCCCGCGCAUGAAGUGUGUCUUCCUAAUAGGAGGAAAGACCCCGAAUGACGCCGAAUGUGCCCCCCUUUUGAUCGCAGAUGUCGAAAAGAUACUCGAGGACAACAAGACCACCGGUAAAGCAACCCCGGCGGGUAAUGCAGCAACCACCGCGGGUAAUGCUGCAGCCACUACCGGUACCGGUAACGCAGCCACUAGAACGGACCCCACUAGAACGGACCAGCGCCUGGGAGGAACGCACUUGGAUUUCGUCAAGGUGACGUGUCUUGAGGGCUCCUUUAACGGCAUUGUGGGUCAUGACGUGUGUCUGGUGGACAACAAGGUGCUGGUGGUCGGCGGUGUCGAUACUGUCCAUAAAGAGCCCAUUGGCGGUUGCAGCAUCAUCUCUAUUGACGCCACCACGGGUUUCACUCGGUCGCCGGAUCGUGACUUCAUAUUUACCCGUCCAAUGGGCUGUUUUGACACACUUGGGUGCAUCCAGUUCGCCAUUGACGAGUCUCUUGCGGAUGUUGAGUUCGAGUGCGGCGGGCCUGACUCAGUGAUCUUGCCUGCGCACAUGGUCAUUCUGGCGGGCAAAUCUGAGUACUUCUGCAGCUCGUUUCAAGCACUUAAAAUUGCGACCGCCAAAGCGGCUACCGCAAUCCAGCGGGCUGGCGUGGCCAGGACGGCGGCCCUGCGGAGUGCGCCCGAUCGACGUACGGUGGGCGAGUUGUCGACCAAUAGUCUGGCUACCAUGGUCGCAGCACACACCAAUUCGUUAGUAGCCGGUUCGGAAUCAUCCUAUCUGCCCACACCUCAUCUAGAAAGGCCUCGACGACCACGACUACAAGCUUCCCAUUUCGCCACCCCGGUUUGUUUUGAGGUCUUUCUUACGCUCUUCUACUCAUACCACUUGCCCACUUGUUUGCUCGUCGCCAACUCCAAAGCCAACUGGUCACAAGAGUUCCCCGAAACCGACAGACAGUCAAUGGCCGUCCUCGUAUGGUUCGCCAUGACCCAUAACUACAAUAAUGUUCUCAACGGCAAGCCCAACGUACCUCUACCUUUCGCUACCAAAGUUGUACACGAUACCAUCUCAUGUCUACUUGUACUAGCACAACUAGCAGACGAAUACUUGUUCGAUAAACUCAGCGCUCAUCUCGAAGUAUACCUGGCAUGCUUGGCCAACGAAAAAACCGCAUUAGAUCGACUAUACCAAGCCUCAACCAACUUCACCAUGGACAAACUCAAAGCGUACCUUGAAGAUGUAUAUCAGAAAAAACCCACUCUCAUGACCACAACUCCGCAACCAAAGUACCUCCCACCACCUCCGACCACCUCCGACCACCUACCACCUGGCUACGGUUUUAGGUCAACUUACACGACAGAAUGCCCGGACUCUCCUGGGACCGGCAUCUCUCCAGGCUAUAGUCCUGCUGCCCUACCCCCUCUCAGAGAAAGGAACUACGGGUCAGGUCGGGACAUGGGUCGACGGCCGCCUCCCCCGGUCGCUCAUAUGACUACUCAAACGGAUUCUAGGCGUCUAAGGGAAAUCCUUUUCAAGCACCGAUGA